AUGGUCUUCAGCGUCCUCACGACUAAUGCGCCCGCACCCAAUGCGCUGAUCUCGCCUGCCCCGCGGGACAAGGUCCUCGAAAUCGCCCAGGCUCGGGAUGAGGAGCGCCAGAAAGGGCAAAUCUGGGGCCCAUUUCAUGGAAUUCCUAUCAUUUUGAAAGACAGCUUUGUCACAGCGUCGGAGCUGGGCAUAAGCACCACAGCUGGAUCAUAUGCAUUCAUCGGAGCCAAGGCGUCCAAGAACGGAGCUAUCACUCAACGGCUGAUUGACGCUGGCUUGAUUAUCUUGGGGAAGGCUAACAUAACUGAAUUCGCUGGCAUGAAAAUGACCAGGAUGAUGCCCGGUUGGUCUGCUCACGGCGGUCAGACUCUGUCGCCGUAUGUUGGGAAGAUAGAGGGUAAUGAGAAGAUACUUGGCCACUCAGCUCCUGGUGGCUCAUCCACUGGUUCUGCGGUCGCUGUAGCCGCUGGGUUUAGCCCUCUUGCAAUGGCCACUGAGACCAUAGGUUCCAUUGAUACUACUGGCUUAUACACCAUGACGGAGUUUUUCGACUGUCCGGGUCCUAUGGCAAAGUCAGCAGCUGACGUUCGCGUUCUUUCUGAGAUUCUACUCGGCCGCCUGUUUAGCUCCCACCAGUUAGGUUCCUGGGAAUGUCUUUCGGUGGGCUUCCUGGACCCAAAAGAUUGGAGCAUGUCACCGGACUUUUGUACGCAAUUUGAGGGCACCGCAGAGCAAAUGGUAGACGAGUACGAAGAGACGGUUUCCACUCUACGAGAUGGAGGCUACUGGGACUUCAAAAAUGUCUGCAUCCCUAGAUUCAUUCGCUCGUUUGGCGAGUGCUCUGUAGAAAGCGUUGCAGAUAUCGUCAAGUUCAAUAAAACAGCGAAAAGGCCCUUCCAGCUCGUGACAUUCGUCGAGCAGAAUGAUCUGGAAGGGGCAAUGAACACUGUUGAAGAAAAAGGAUGUAUAGAUGAAAUGAAACAGGACCUUCGCAAGGCCGCGAGAGAUAUUCUGGAUGACCUAUUCGACAACGAAAAAAUCAAUAUCUUGGCAGCCCCAGGAGACUCCCCGUUAUGUGUUCAUGCUUCUGCUGCAGGUUAUCCUGUCGCCACAGUCCCGAUAGGACAACUUCGCUACAAUAGCCGGCCGUUCGGUCUAUGUCUGGUGGCCAGGGCGGACGAAGAGGGAGCUCUAUUGCGGUUCAUGGGAGCGUACGAAAAGAUUGCUAAAUCUCGCCCAGUUCCGAAGUUUUGA